GAUUAGCGGCAAAAUCGCAAAAUAUUUUACUUUUUAUCAGUGAUUGUGCAAUAUGGAAUUGUGUCAACAAGUGAUUGCAUUCAAAAAUGGUCUUGUUCCAUACAGCGAUACUGAUUCUAAUCAUUCUUCUGAGCAAAAAGCUUAUUCACAAACAGAAUCCGAAAAUGAUAUUGAAGAAGAGACAUGUGUGGGCAAAAGAGGUUACAGAAACAAAAGAAUAUUACCUAAGAGAUUACAAAAUAAAAAACAACGUGAUACUAGUGUUCAGCCGAAUCCUUGUAUAAAUAAAAAGUGUGGAAAUCUUUGUGAUGAUAAGUUCACCGAGUCAGAUCGGUUAGCAAUAAAUGAACAUUUUUGGGGCUUCGGCAACAAAAUUAGACAAAAAGACUGGCUUCUUUCGUAUGCUCUACCUGAAACUGAUCAAGAAGACAAUUAG